UCUUGAAAAAAUGGAUUCAGUGACUUGAUUACAUACACCAAACACCUUCCCAUAUUAAAAUCAUUUCCUUGGGAUACAACCAACGCUUUUAAAGCCUUGAAGAGAUUUUAAUAAGGAAACCAACCAUGAACAAUCUAUUCUCGUCUUCUUUCUCUCGCUUCCGAAGCGAAGAAUCCUCCCCCGAUCACCACCACGCAGUCCAGAUGUCGGAAUCGUCUUCCACCCCCCGCGGUGUCAACCUCGAUAAGUUCUUCGACGAUGUCGAGUCCAUCAAAGACGAGCUGAAGGAACUCGAGAGGCUCAACGAAGACCUCUCCUCAUCUCACGAGCAAAGCAAGACGUUGCACAACGCGAAAGCUGUGAGGGAUUUAAGAGCCAAGAUGGAUGGUGACGUAUCCAUGGCGUUGAAAAAGGCCAAGCUCAUCAAAGUUCGCCUGGAAGCGCUGGACCGGUCCAACGCGGCUAACAGGAGCUUGCCUGGCUGUGGACUGGGCUCUUCCUCCGACCGGACGAGGACUUCGGUUGUGAACGGCUUGAGAAAGAAGUUGAAGGAUUCUAUGGAAAGUUUCAAUGAACUGAGGGAGAGGAUCUCGUCUGAGUACAGAGAUACUGUUCAGAGAAGAUAUUUUACAGUUACCGGAGAAAACCCAGAUGACAAGACUCUUGAUCUUUUAAUUUCAACAGGGGAGAGUGAGACAUUCUUGCAAAAAGCUAUUCAAGAACAAGGAAGAGGAAGAAUUUUGGACACGAUCAAUGAGAUUCAAGAAAGACAUGAUGCUGUGAAGGAUUUAGAGAGGAAUCUCAAGGAGUUACACCAAGUUUUCAUGGACAUGGCAGUGCUGGUUCAGGCUCAAGGUGAGCAAUUGGAUGACAUUGAGAGCCAAGUGAACCGAGCUAAUUCGUUUGUGAGAGGUGGAACCGAGCGGUUGCAAACAGCUAGAAAUUACCAGAAAAAUACCCGGAAAUGGACUUGUUAUGCUAUCAUAAUUUUGCUGGUCAUCAUCUUGUUUGUGGUUUUAUUCACCGUGAGACCAUGGGAAAACAAUGGCGGCAGCAGCAACGGCAACAACAGUCCAACUCCAACGACACCGGCAACAACUCCACCUCCACCUUAAAAAGUUGCUUUGAUCUGCAUCAAUCAGAGUGUUAGCUAUGCAGUAUUGUUAUUUGAGACUAUAGUUUUUUUCAUUUCCCUUUUUAUUUUUUGGAUUAGUUUUAAUGAAUCUAUAUGCUAGUCGAAAACUUGAUGCGCUGAGACAUUUGAUUGAAUUGCUUUGAGCACCCCAGUCUCCAUUACAUAACAUUUGUUGUUGAGUGGGAAAGCAGGGGACACACAGGGCUGCAGAUUGGAGUUGGGAAAGGGAUGCCAUCAUUUCUUUCCUGCAUUCUGAUACGAUUUCUUGGAGUCAGAUACACCAUUUUGAUUGUUGAUUCUUUCUUGUAACUAGCAAUAUUUUUUGUUAGAUUUUUCUUGGUUUUGCUACAUAUAUUGUUUACAUGUUCCGAUAGGUAUAUGAAUAUAGAUAUAGACAGAUGCCAUUGUUAUU